AUGGCGGACCGACCCAGCGCCCCGGAGGCAGACGAGCGUCACUUCCGCGUCGGCGCCGGAAGAGGAAGCCGCGCGUCACCUGCUCAGGGCGGCAUGUGGGUCUGGCGGGGCCCGGGCGCCUUGCGCGCCGCGCUCGGCUACGGGGGCGCCUCUUCUGCGGAGGCGGCCGGUGCCGGCCGGCAGACAAAAAUUACUUUGGAGUUGCUGGAUCAUCUUGAGCGACUGGCCCUUGUUGAUUUUCGCAACUGGGAGGGUGUCCGGCGCUUGGAGAAAGCGGUUGAAUUUGCUGAACAACUUCACACAGUGAACACUGAUGGAGUGGAGCCCAUGGAAUCCGUGCUGGAGGACAGGCAGCUCUACCUCAGGGAAGAUAGUAUCUCCGAAGGGAACUGUGCAGAGGAACUACUGAAGAAAGCUGCAAAGACUGUUGAAGGAUAUUUUAUAGCUCCACCAGGUAACAUCCCUCUGCCAAAAGUUGAAGAGAGAAAUACUUUUCUUCACAGGGAAGACUCUUGAUAGAAGAUCCUACUUGAUAUGCCAUCACUGACAGCUUUUAGAUCUGAAACCCAGGAUGUGCAGUGGCAUCUUGAAUGAAUUUUUACAUCAAGUACCUUAUACAACCAGGGGGAGGGGGGAACAGGCACUGAAAUGACUGGUGUUGCUUAGCUGAGGAGAAAAAAGACUAAUUAUAGAGUUGUAUGGGUCAGGAAAGAGUAUUAUUGACACAAAACUUAACACAUGGUUGUGGGAACAUAUUUAGAAUCUGUUUUAAACCCCAUACAAGAAAUAAUCCAGAUAUUAAAAUUUUGCAUGAGUUUAGAUGUAACUAAUUCUGUGGUGCAGUUAAGGUGUUUUAAUCACUAAACUCGUGUCACCAAAUCCCCACAAAGAAAAGCAGCACAUAUUUAAUUAUGAAGGGACUGUGAUCAAAAGUCAUGAAAUGGGGAAGUCCCUAUGCUCUAACCUCUAAAAGAUUUGGGAAACUGAGUAUACAGGCAUCACUGGCCUAACUGCAACAAUUCCCCCAUAAACCGCAUCUCUGUGGGCAAACAAUAUAUGCCCAGCACUGCUCAGUCAGCCUCCAGGAGGAACAUGAAAGGUAUCCCAAACUGUUAUACCUGAGAGCUCAAGUAUAGAAGGCUCAGGGGGUUGGGGGUGGGCGGCAGUUUUGCACUGGUUCACCUCCUUCCUCUGGAGUCCGUCCCAGUCGGUGUUGAUCUGGCCCCCCGCAGCCCCUCCUUUGUGGGGUGCCGCAGGGUUCGGCACUCUCCCCACUCCUUUUUAACAUCUACGUGAAACCACUGGGAGAGAUCAUCCAUCACCAUAUCAUCAAUAUGCAGAUGAUAUCCGACUAUACAUUUCCAUCCCGGGUGAUUUAAGUGAUGCUGUGCCUACGCUGUCUACUGGGUCCAAUUCAAGCUGUUGUUUAUCACCUUUAAAGCCCUACAUGGCAUGGGGCCAGGUUACCUGAGGGACCGCCUCUUCCCUGUUACAUUGACCUGCCCCACCUGGUCAGGCAGAGAGGGCAUGCUGCGGACCCCGUCUGUAAGAGAAUUUCAUCUGGUGGCGUCCAGAAGGCGGGCCUUCUCUGCCGUUGCCCCGCCCCGUGGAACACGCUGCCCCCCGAGUUGAGAUGAGCCCCCACUCUCCCGGCCCUCCAGAAAGGGGUGAGGACCUGGCUCUGCCAUCUCAUGUGGGGUGUGAGGAGGUACAACCCUGGGGAUGGCUAGCACCAUGAAGAUGCUUCCAGAAAUUAAGGACUUUUUAUCAUCUACGCCUGGGACUAUAUUAUUUAAGAAUGGUUUUAUUGUAUUUUUAAGAAAUAUUUCUUCUUGUUUUUAUUGUGAACCAUCCAGAGUCACUCUGUGAGUGAGAUGGGUGGUGACUAAAUUUGAAAUAUAAAGAGAGAGAGAGAGAUAAAUACAGGUCUAAAUGAGCUACAGGCUCCUAGUCUAUAAGGUGGCAGACAUUAGCACAUGCCAAGAUCUAGCUGAUUAAAUCUUAUUCAUAGAUCCUCAAUUUGAGCUUGGUAUUCAGGGCUUUAGAAAUAUCACAAAAAUGUGAAGUUAAUAAAUGACAUGCUUCUGUCUUUGAACAAAUAUCCCAGCACAAAAGGGAGACCAUGUAUAUUACUAUCAGUGCAGAACAUUCUGCAAAAAGGAACUCAGAAAUUUGGUGCUUCAGAAGCACCAGCGCAUAAUCACAGAAGAGAGCUAUUCGCUUUAUGUAUACCAAUUACUAUGUUACCUUGUUAUUCAGUCAUGACACAAAAUAUUUUCCAGGAAAACUGAAUAAAAUGUAGUACAAUUGCUUUUA